UCCAAAAUGGAGGAUCAAGACAGAGGAUUUCGUCGAGGACGAGGCGGUCGUAGAAGAGAGAGAGGCUUUAGAGAACGGCCUUCAAGGGGUAAAGGAGAUGGUCCCAUGGGAGCACAUGCUGCAUCCCCCACAGUACCACCCAUGAAGACACCCAUCAUACUCACCAAACCUUCUGCAGACAGGGGACAAGAAACGCCAGUGAAGCAAAUUUUGAUAAAACCAAGGGAACAGUUACCAGAGGCUUCAGUAAGUUCCAGUGCCCCUCAGCCAGCCACAUCACGUGGAAAGACUAUUUUGUCUGAUCAUUCAGCUGGCCAAGGAACUGAGAGAUCUACAAGCACUGCAACAGCACUCAGUAUGGGUGGUGCAACAGGAGGGCCAGUAUCAGGAACAAGUGCAAGUGUUGAUGCACUUGCAACCAACAUGGCCUCUCUCAAACUUGGUCUACACAGUCAUGAUGGAGCACCACAAGUAUUGAAACUGCUGGAUGAGAAUCUUCAGUGGAAUGAUGCUGCUUUAGAGAUGCUUCUUGAUCAAACAGAUUUCUUGGUUGUGGGGGUCAUUGGUCCACAAGGUGUUGGCAAAUCAACUCUUCUCUCUGUUCUGGGAGGAGCUGGGCCUUUUACUGGCUCCAGGUCUUGCUUAUUUCCUGUGCAGUCAAGACAGGUUCAGGAGGAUGGAACCAAUCAAAGUACUGGUAUUGAUUUGGCUGUUACACAAGAAAGAGUCAUUCUUUUGGAUACUCAGCCUUUGUUAAGUGCAGCCUUGCUCGACCGUUUGAUCCAUCAUGAUCGUAACAUUCCUCCAGAGUAUACUUCUCCAGAGAACUACAAUGAAAUUCAGUCACUGCAAAUUGUCACUUUCCUCUUAACAGUAUGUCAUGUGAUUUUAGUUGUACAAGAUUGGUUCACUGAUCUCACCAUAUUAAGGCUUUUAAAAACAGCUGAGAUGUUGAAGCCUUCAUCGACCAGCCACACCUCACACGAAUCCUCUGGCUUAGGGUCUUCAGACGAGUCAGAUGAGAAUUAUCCAAACAUAGUUUUUGUGUAUAACAAAGCCACAAGGGAGGAUUUUCACCAUGAAAACCUGAGCUCUAUGCAUUACGCGACCAGCACUCUGUUUCAGCACUCAAGAUUGAAGUUGCAAACUGGUAUUUCUCUGUUGAGCUCAAGCUUGAUGCCUUACAGAACACUUCUAACAUCUUGUGAUGAUAUGAACAUAUUCGUGGUACCAGUCUUUCAACCACAUGGAGGGAAUGGAAUGUGCACCAAGUCACCCACAUAUCAGGGACAUCCAAGCUUUGAUGUGGUCUUACACAGUCUCCGAAAUCAGGUAUUUUCUGUUCACAGACACCUCCUUACUCAUCAUUCCCUGACAGAGAGAAAUUGGUUUCACUUUGCUGCUCGUUCCUGGGAAACUGUCAGAAAAUCAAGUUUGAUCUCCGAGUACAACAGACUCCUUUGUUCUCAGUAACAAGAGACACUUCUGAAGUGUUAAUAGGAGACAGGGCUCUGUAGCGAUUCGGUUCAGCUUUUAGGGUACUGGACGAAGGUUGUGGAGAAUUAGUUCCUCCCAAGGAAGUGACUUUGAAUUCUCUAUAAGAAGGUGUUACUCAGUUGUGUAAAUAACUCUUAUCUUACUGAUCCAAAUAUUGAAAUAAAUGUAUUUAUUGUCAAGCAAUGUGUGUGUCGGUGCUGGU